AGAUGGUAAAAGUGAGGUUAGAAAAGCAUCAGCGUAUUGUUUUUCCUCCCCGGAUUUCAAGAUUUUAGUAAGUUUUUCUGUGAAAAAGUGACUAAUAAGAGUGAAAAAUAUGUGUGAUGACGAAGAACCAUCCAGUUCAGAGAAUGCGGUUAAAUUUAAGUCCAGAGGAAAGAAAUGUUUAAGGAAAAGACAAGUUUCUUCGGAUUCAGGCUCAAACGGGGAAGAAAGUGACGAGGAUCUCAAUGCUAAACUUGAGGAGAUGAAAGAGCGCCAGAAGCUGAGAAUCCGCCCAAAAGGAGUCAGUAUUGUUGGAUUGGCCAUUGGGAAGAAGACAACGAUUGAGGAGGAUUUAACAGUGAAAGACCCUUUCAACAUCAAAACAGGAGGGAUGGUCAAUAUGCAGGCUCUAAAAGCCGGCAAAGUGAAAACUGUCGAUGAUGCUUAUGAUACCGGGAUCGGGACUCAAUUCUCGGCAGAAACCAACAAAAGAGAUGAAGACGAGGAGAUGAUGAAGUACAUUGAGGAGCAACUGAACAAGCGGAAGGGGCAACAGCCUGAAAAUCCAGAUGAUCCACUCGACAAUCCGGCAAAGUAUUUGAGUCCGGAAGAAGCAGCUCUAUUGGCUCUUCCGGAUCAUCUGCGACAUGGAUCAGCUCAGCGAUCUGAAGAGAUGCUCUCGAAUCAGAUGCUGAGUGGAAUUCCCGAAGUUGAUUUGGGAAUUGAGGCCAAGAUAAGGAAUAUUGAGGCCACCGAGGAGGCCAAACAGAAGUUGCUGCUAGAGCAGAAGAACAAAAAGGAAGGUCCUUCCCAAUUUGUUCCCACGAAUAUGGCUGUUAAUUUCGUCCAGCACAAUAGAUUUAACAUCGAAGAUGAUUCGAGAAAGAGGAAGCACAGAGAUCAUGAAAAUGAAGAUGGUCGUAAGGAGAAACAGAAUCCCAAGAAAGCCACCGAUGAUUAUCACUAUGAUAAGUUCAAGAAGCAAUUCCGGAGAUAUUAAACUAAGUUUUUCGCUAGAUUUAGGAAAAUUUUAAUAUUUAAUAAAAAAAAGCUUAGGUAAAACAAA